AUGUUCAACUUCAACCUCUUCAAGUCCUCCACCGAGGCUGAGACUGCCAACGAGAACAGCUGGAACUCCAACACUAUUGCUAUGCAGCAGCCUACCAGUCCUGCCGCUCCUUCUACCAACCAGGUGGUCUCCGAGCAGCCCGCUGGUCAGGAGCAGAUGCAGAUGCAGCUGCGUGGUGGCGGUGGCGGCGGCUUGUGUUGCGGAAUUUGCGCCGGCCUUGCCUGCUUCGAAUGCUGUGAGAUCUGCUGCUAA